UGAAAAAUAGGUUGAAAAACAAAGAAAAUUGUUUACGAAUCUCAAAUCUCAAUAAUCAAUUCACCCACAAUUUUGAACAUACGUAAAAUAUGUUAUCAGGAAAAGAUAUUUGAGAUAUGAUUGAGAUUGUAGUUAAAAUAUUAUAUUUUUGAUAAGCUAUAUUUAGGAUGGAUAAAUGUACAGACCAGAUUUUGAAGUUUGAACAAGCUUUGAAAAAUAAGAGUUCAAAUAAGCGAACUUUAUACGCAGCGGAUACGAAUUUAAUUUCGAUCAAUUAUAAAGUAGAGGAUGUCAUAGUAAGCGUUUCAAAACAAAUAAAAGCCCUGCAGAGUGCGGAUUGUGUAAAUAGACAACAUAAUAUAAACAAAGUCAAAUCGUCAGGGAAUUGUUUGCUGUCAAAUGGGACAUUAAAGGAAAAUAUACUAAACAAAUUUGAAACACAAUGUGUAUCGGACACACAGUUGAUUGAAAUAGUACAAAUUGUUGAAGCACAAGAAGCUGACACGGGUAUAAUAAAAGAAUUUGAUACUACAUUUUGUCAAAAAAAUAAUCAUAUUGAUUAUUCUGAAUCUGUGUUUAAGGAAAAGUUAGAUAACAGUAAUAAAACUAAAUGUUUGUCUAGUAACACAGUUGCCACACAAAAUAUCCCACCUACGAUUGAUAAUUCUAGUGCCUCAAAUGAAAUAUUAAAAAAUGGAGAUAGCAUAAAGCCAAAUAAUUAUGUUCAAGGUACAUUUGAAGUUUGCAAAGAAUUUUCAGAUUCAGAAGAUUUUCAGCAAUUUCAAGCAUUAGAUGAUUUGGAAAAGAGCCCAAUAAUAAGUAAAAUUAAUCCUCUUAUUAUUAAAACUGCACAAUCCUUAGUAUAUAAAUUGGAUUCUUUUGAAAAGUUUGAAGCAUUAGCUCUACCUAUAAUUGAGGAAUAUCCUGAUUUAAAAGUUGCAAAGAAAGUCAUCAAUUCCCAAAUUGAAAGUAAGGAAUUAUUUUUUGAAACAAAUGUUGAUCCAAUUCUGAAAACCAAUAAGCUAAACACAAGUCCAAUUUUAAAAUCGAGCAUUGACAUUAAAAAACAUCACAAUAAUGCUACCCCCAUAUGGGCCACCUCAGAACAUAAAUCCCAGCAAAGUAUGAUAGAAGAUGAAAUUUUGUUUAGCAGUGAUGAAGAAAAUAACCAUUCAACAAAUGCUGGUGAAGAUUUGCCAUUGACUUGUGCUCUACAGACUUCCUUUUAUGACUAUACUGGUGUUUUAGAUAAAACAAUGUAUGUAGGUUUUCAGACUGCCAGCAACAAGACCAUACAAGUACAUUCUGAUUCAUUUAUUAAGGCUCAAAGUCUUUUAAAUAAUCAUGAGCUUGAAAAUAUAGAUGUCACAGAACUUGUUAACAUGUUCGACAAUACUUUUAAAAGUUCAAAUAAUACAAAUUCUGUAGGACCAAAUAACGCAAAUAUUAGCUUAUCAACAAAUAAUCAUAGUAUCGAUAAACAAAGUUUAGGUGAUAAUAUAUUUGUUGGUUUUCAAAAGGCUAAUGGUAAAUCAAUUGAUAUAUCUGAAAAUGCACUAAUGAAGGGAGCAGAACUAUUGAAAGAUAUUGAUACAAAUCGUGAAAUGUCACAAUCACAAGGAAGUUCUCAUUAUAAACGUAAAAAACAAUUAGAAGCACACAGUUGGAAUGUUACUAAAACAGUUAAACAUACUAAAGAAACUAUUAAAGCUUCUACUUGUUUCCCAAAUAUUGUGAUAACAAAAGAAGAUAAUGAAUCUCAGAUUAUUAGAAUCAUCAAUGAUGUAGAAAAUACAUUGACAAAAAUAAAUGAUGAUAAUAUUAUACAGGAGUUUGAAACUAAUUUAGUUGAAAAGGGAGAAAGAAAUAAUAAUGCACUAACAUACCCAAAAGAAUAUAAUGAGAUGGCAGGCAUUGAAAUGGCUAAUUCAAAAGUAAUAAAAGUAUCAAAUAAAGUUAUGGGAAAAACCAAAAGGAUGUUUGAGAAUAGUCCUGAGUUGAAAAAUGUCUGUAAUGCAACUCCAAUAACUGAAUUAUCUGGUUUCAAAACAGCAAGUAAUAAAAGUAUUGCAGUGUCAGAAAAAACUUUAUUGAAGUAUCAAAAUAUAUUAGAUAACAUAGAUUUCACAAAUAUUUUAGAACCAUGCCAAGAUAUGGAAAACAAAGAAUCUGGGACAUGUGCAAUGCCAACGGUUAAAGGUUUUUCAACAGCAAGUAAUAAAGAAAUAAUAGUAACUAAUGAAGCUUUAUUAAAAAGUAAAGCACUAUUUGAGGAUAUUGUUAUAACUUCUGACAUGACAGUAAAAAAUGAUAGAUUAAAUAAAACACACUCAGAUAUGUUUGAAACCUUUAAAAUUGCAAAUAAUAAUAUACCAGAAGUGUCUAAAGAAGCCUUAUGUCGAAAUGAUAAAAUAAUUGAUAAUAUCUCAGAAGAAAAUAUUAGAAAUUCAUCUAAUAAGGUAUAUGAACCAGGAAUAAAGCUCCAAGGUUUUGUCACUGCAAACAAUAAACCUAUAAUGGUGUCUUCAAAAUUAAUUGAUAAAUAUAAAAACAUUUUUGAAGACAUUAAUAUAAGUGAAAGUAAUGUUAUAAAUGACAUUGAACAUCAAAAUAAUAACAAUCUCUCUGAAGAUGUAACUAAAAUUACCAAUAGUGAGUCUAAAUUUCAACUACAUACAUCAAAUCAAAAGGCAGUUGAUGUGUCUAAGACAAUAGGAAAAGGUAAAAAAAUAUUAAGGGAUUGUUAUAGUUUUCAAGGUUUUCAGACUGCUAGUCAUAAAAAAAUUAGUGUACCAAAAGAAAAACUUGCAAGUUAUUUGAAAAUAUUUGACGGUAUUGAUUUAAAUAUUACUGAAAUGGAUGAAAAUCUAUCAACAAAAUCACUCAGUGAAGCAGAAAUGCAAUAUCCUCAGUUAAUUGAACCUAAAACUGUUAAUAAUGAAAACAUAAGUUUCUCAGAAAUCUCUAAGGCUAACAGUAACAAACUUAUGCACAAUAUUGAUAUAGGAAUUGCUAAUAAAGAAAAUGAAUACUCAUAUUCAUACAAACACUUACCAGAAACUAAGGAUACAUUACAAUCAGCUAAGUACAUUUUCCAAACAGCAAGCAGUAAACCAAUUAGUGUUACCGAAGAAGCUUUUGAAGCCAGUCAAAAAAUAAUAAAUGCAAAAACAGACGAAGAUGUAAGAAAUGUAAAAAAUUUGGCAUGUGUUGGAUUUAAAACUGCUAGUAAAAGAAAAAUUGACAUAUCUAAACAGACUUUAAAUAAAGCCAAGAAGUUUUUUGAUGGUAUUGAUGAAACACCAUCAAAUGAGUUUAAAGACUUAGAGAAACAUACAAAAUCAAAAUUUCAAUUUCAAACUGCAAAUAAUAAAAGAGUAAAUGUUUCUGAAGAAGCAAUUGUAGCCAGCCAAAAACAACUUAAUACUGACCUAUAUUGUAAGAGAUUACAAAUGUCUGACAGUAAAAAUUGUAACAUUUCUAAGGAGACUAUGAGUGCUAUUGAUAGCAUCAAUUUCAAUGAAGAUUCAAAAAAAAAUAUACCAACAUUAUCUAAUAUGGAAUACAUUCAGGAUUCAAAACUUAGCUAUAAAAUUAAUUUGGAUAGAAAUUUUAAAGUGAAUGGAAAUAAAGAUGGAACUCAAGAAGCAUACUUAGAACAAUUGAAAGAUAUCAGUUUGAAUAAUAUUUUAGAUAGUCAGAUCAUAAAUAACUUUGAAGAAACUCUAUACACUGAAGAUUUUUUAAAAGAAACAUCAUCAAUAUGUAAAAGAUCUGGUAGCCCUAUUCUGCAUUGUCCUAAAGCCAAAAAACGCAGAUUUGAAGCACCAGCAAGCGUUAUAAAGAAUGUCAACCCCGAUGGCUGUCAAAACAAUAGGAAAGCAACAUUUAUUUUUGACAGUAAUUAUAAGAAACACAACGUUUUUAGUCUCAAAGAUUUGAAAAUGUUUGAAGAAAAAUAUAAAUCUAAAACUAUAGACACUCAAUUUUUUGGUUUCAACUUUGAAAAUAUUUUGGAGUUUGAAUUUAGCAGCGAGAGAAAUGAUUGGACCGGCGUAAAACUCAGUACAAAUAAUAUAAAAGAGAUAUUUGAAGGAUCUGUAAAUAAAAAAAUAAUACCAACAGGCUGGAUUGAAAAUCAUUUAAAAUUAAUUAUAUGGAAGCUACUAUCAUAUGAAAUUAUUUAUCCAAAUGUUUGUUACAAAGCUUGUUCAAUGAAGAAAGUUAUGGAACAACUUAAAUAUAGAUAUGACCGGGAAUUAUAUAAUGUUCAAAGACCUGCCUUUAGAAAGAUACUAGAGCGAGAUGACAUACCUACAAAAACUAUGGUUGUAUGUGUUGUUGGUGUCUAUAUAAAUGGUGUUUAUGUCAGCAGUGUUGCCAACUCAACAGACACCAUAGAGUUACUACUAACGGAUGGUUGGUAUUGCAUAAAGGCAUGUAUAGACAGGCUAUUGGCAAAGUAUGUAUGUCAAGGCAAAGUAUCUGUUGGAACCAAGCUUGUAAUACAUGGUGCGGAAUUGAUUAAUUGCGACCAAGGAAUCUCUCCGUGGGAGGACACAUCCUCCGUAAGGUUAAGAUUGUUCGGUAACUCAACACGCCGUGCCCGCUGGGAUGCGAGAUUGGGUUACCAUAGCAACGCGGCCAUCUUAACUCAACUGUCAGCUGUUAAAGCUGAUGGCGGAAAAGUAUCAAAGUUACGGGUGUUUGUUACGCGCGUAUAUCCUACGCUUUAUGUUGAGAAGUUUGAUGAUGGUAGCAUGGUUACUCGCUCAGAGAGGUUGGAAAAUUUACACCAGAUGAAGUAUGAAUCUGAACGGCAAAUGCUGCUUGAGAAGAUUUACGAAGAUGUUGAGAAAGAAUUUUAUGAGCAGGAGUCUCAGGAUUCUGAAGGAGUUGACGUUGAUAGAAGACUAGAAACAGGAUCUCAGAUUUCAAGAGCUAUGAAAAAACACUUUGAUCCUGCUGAAUUUAGAGCAUCAUUAACAGAAUCACAACUGCGCAAUCUUCAAAACCAUACAAAUAAGCAAAAAGACAAACAAAUUGAACUUAUCCAGGAAAAAGUGCGGGAGAAAAUUAAAAAUAGCAGCCUAAAUGUUACCAGAAAUGUUGUUCCCCUUAUGAAAAUUCGUGUUGCCAGCGUUGGAGACGAUUUUAAAAUUUGUAAAGGAAUGAUAUCAAUAUGGCGGCCAAAUGAGGAGUUACAGGAAAUAAUAACAGAAGGGAAAUGGAUUCAAGUCUAUAAUGUAGUUCCCACAGCUCUUAGAUAUUCAGAGAUUCAGCUCUCAGCUAGCCGCCAAUCAAUAUUUCAAAAUUGUGAAGUUAAAAACUCAAAGAAAAAUACAAUUAUUGAGUCGCUGAAGCGACGAUAUUACCCUAUUCGAGAUUUAACCAAAAAUUCAUUUUUAAACACAGACUAUAACGAAAUUGAUACAGUUGGUUUUGUUUUUUUAAUCGAACCUUCAAAUAGAGAGUUUGAAACCUCAAAACAGCUAUUUCAAAACGCGUUUCUCGCUGAUGAAAAUAAAAAUAUAAUCUGUGUCAAUUUUUGGGGCGGAAUAAAAAAGUUUGGUUUCGAACAUAUUUUGGAUACUGGUCAAAUCGUCGCUUGUAUAAAUUUGCAAAAGAGAUCUGGCAACACAAUAAAGAGUAUACCACAAUACCGUGCCACCGAAUUUUCAUAUUUUACAAAAACAUCUAAAUAUAAAUGUAUAAGAGAGGUUUCAAUAGAGUUGAUAAAAAAUUUCUCUGGAUUGGAUAAAAGAAAAUUUCAAGACGACUGUGUAGUUUUCAAGAAUAAUUUUGCUAGUGUGAAACAUGGCAACGAUGUAUCACCAUACCGAAUGAAUAAUAGUGAUUACAAUAUUUCCAAAAACAGGAUAUUUAUAGAUUCACCUAUUGCCAAAGACGCUAAUUUUAAUCUUAGCGGUAUAGAUUUUGAGUCUACUUUCAAACAAAGGGAUACACAAGAUAUGGCACCGCAGGAAUUAUUACGUAAGGAAAAAGUAAACGCAAAAAUAGCCAAAUUGAAAAUGUACGGGGAACCACCACCUUUAAGUACGAUAAAUAUAAUAAAUGGUUCAAAAAAUGCAGCUAACGCAUUCAAAAGUCCGUUAACUACUCGAAAUAAUAUACAAGUUUAACCACCAGUGCAGAAAAAUCAAGUAUUGUUGAUAAAGAAAAUUCAAAAAUUGACACAAGCCCUGUGUUGCCUCUUAGAAAAUCUGGGAAGAGACCAACUGUAAACCCUGUAAAAUUAAACUUUAAUGUUGUUGAAAACGUAAAUAAUAUAGCCGAUCCUUUUGCCGAUGACUUUGACGCUAGCCCGCCACUAAGCUUAGAUUAAAUAUUAAAGACAAUAACUGUGAUUUAUAAAAAACCUAUCUUUCUAUUUAAAUCUAAAUAUUUUGAUAGUUAUAUUUAUAUGUAUUGUGUAAGACUAAAUAAAACGUUACGUUGUUUUUU